CCCAUGUAGGUAAUCAUGCAAACGACGUCGUCGUCAGACGCCUUGUACGAGGCGGCUCGCAUCGCAGCUUCUCGUCAGCUGCCGGCGAGAGCCUCUCUGUUUCGAAUCCGCGAAUCGAACUUUGAAAUCUCGAAUUCGAAGAUCGGUAGUGAGAGCUUCAAUGGCGCUUCGAUCAGUCUUUGAUGCUUCUCAGAUUCGAACCGAAUUUGAAAACGCUGGAAUCAACUCUCACUUCAUCCCCCUCAUAUGGAAGUAUGUAAUUCAGAACCCUAAUUGUGAAUGGGACGAAGUUCCUUCGUUGCCUUCGUCGGCUUACCCUCUUCUUCGAUCGAAGUUCAAACCCUCGACUUCAACUGUUCACUCCGUCAUCGAUUCGAGUGACGAGGUCACUACCAAGCUCCUCAUUAAGUUGCAGAAUGGAGCAUUUGUGGAAGCCGUGAUAAUGAGGUAUGACACACGUUUGGGAAAAUAUGGUGGACAACCUCGUUCUGGUGGUCUGAGGUCAACCUUGUGCAUAUCCUCUCAGGUUGGUUGCAAAAUGGGCUGCAAAUUCUGUGCAACUGGAAGCAUGGGAUUUAAAAACAAUCUAUCUUCAGGAGAAAUUGUGGAACAAUUGGUGCAUGCCUCUCACUUAUCACAGAUACGCAAUGUUGUCUUCAUGGGAAUGGGGGAACCAUUGAAUAACUAUACUGCUUUGGUGGAGGCUAUCCGUGUCAUGACAGGAUCUCCAUUUCGGCUGUCACUAAAGAGAAUUACUGUAUCAACGGUUGGGAUUAUACAUGCCAUUAAGAAGCUCCAGAACGAUAUACCAAACUUGAACCUAGCAGUGUCACUGCAUGCACCAGUUCAAGAUAUCCGUUGUCAGAUAAUGCCUGCAGCUCGGGCUUUUCCUUUGGAAAGACUUAUGGAUACUCUGCGAGAAUAUCAAAAGAACAGUCAGCAAAAAAUAUUUAUCGAGUACAUUAUGCUUGAUGGGGUGAAUGAUGAAGAGCAGCAUGCCCACCAGCUUGGCAAAUUGUUAGAGACAUUUGAAGUGGUUGUGAACCUAAUACCUUUCAAUCCAAUUGGUACUCUGAGUCAUUUCAGUACCAGCAGUGAACAGAAGGUUACCAAAUUCCAGAAAAUACUUAGGGGUACCUAUAGCAUACGGACAACAAUUCGUAAGCAAAUGGGCCAAGAUAUAAGUGGCGCAUGCGGUCAACUAGUGGUUAACCAAUCUGAUAAGAGGUCUACUGGGAGUGCUGGUCUUUUAACCGACAUUGAAGAUCUUAGUCUAUGAUAUAUGACCAAUUUUCAGAGCUUUACAAGGAUAGUUCUAAAAAUCCUCACUGCCAGCAUGUUUAUUUUCCGUCGCGGAAGCAUCAAUGGUUCCUUACCCUAGCAGUUUUGCAGAUCAAGAUGAUGUUUAAAGCCAGAGGAUGGAUUGGAAAAGGUGAAAACAUGUGUACCAAUUUGUUGGAAAUGAUGCUUUGUUGGACUGCUAGAAGUGGGGUCUUUUUAUUUUUAAUUUUUUUUUUUAUCAAGGUGUUAUCUUCACAUCUCCCAAAUAUGAUGUGGACAUGCUUCUCAAGUAUCAUCUGCGAUACCAAACCUUGACUGCAUGAAUUUUGUCAGCUUGUUCUUGUAAAUUCAAUUUUAGUUACCUUUUCAAUGUAGUGUUUGUGACAGUUGAGGUUUUGCUUUCGGCAGUCAAUUGAAAUUUGUAAAUUGACUAUUGUAAAAUGUUAAUGAUGAUCUUGUUUAAUAUUUUAUUGAAAAUAAUGAGCAUACAAGUGAACGAGGAUACAAGCAUUUAGAAAA